CCUCCGUGUUACCGUGCACCCAUGCUGAAGCCACACAAGCUCUCACAGCCUUUCUCUCUCCACAUACAAACAAUAUAUACGCACACAACUAAAUCUCAUCGAAAUUCCAUUCGCCUCUUUCUCGCUCUCUAAAUUCUCACAGAUCCUUCAAAUUCAUCAGAUUGUUGAAUUCAUACGAAAUCUGUGAACAACUUUUUAUUUUAAUCGAAAACUGUUAUCGCUUAAUGGAGAAUUUGAUGACGCAAUCGGUGAAUGUGAGAGGUUGAUUGGAAAGCGAUGCCGGAAUUAGCGUCGGAUUGUCGGUUUAGUGACGGCGAUACGACGACGUCUUAUGGAUCUGUAUCAUUGAGUGGAUUUUGGUCCAAGCAUCGCGAUGACGUUAGCUGCAAUCAACUCCAGAAGUUCUGGAGCGAGCUAUCACCACAAGCACGGCAGGAGCUUUUAAGAGUUGAUAAACAAACUCUUUUCGAACAAGCUCGAAAAAAUCUGUACUGCUCCAGAUGCAAUGGGUUGCUUCUAGAAGGUUUCUUGCAAAUUGUCAUGUAUGGAAAGUCUUUGCAGCAGGAUGGAGUAGUUGGUCAGACUCCUUGCAACGGACGCAGGACCUCAAAAACUAGAAUUAUUGAAGAUUCUUGCUUGACAUCCAUGUGUGAUGAUGACAUUCAAGAUCCAUCUGUACAUCCUUGGGGAGGUCUCACCACUACUCGUGACGGAACACUUACUCUCCUCGAUUGCUAUUUAUAUUCAAAAUCUCUUAAAGGCCUUCAAAAUGUCUUUGGCAGUGCUAGAGCAAGAGAACGGGAGCGUGAGUUACUUUAUCCUGAUGCAUGUGGGGGUGGAGGUCGCGGGUGGAUUAGUCAAGGAAUGGUGGGGUAUGGUAGAAGUCAUGGGAGCCGCGAAACAUGUGCCUUGCAUACUGCCAGACUUUCUGUUGACACUUUGGUUGACUUUUGGUCUGCACUUGGAGAAGAGACGCGACAUUCUCUUCUCAAGAUGAAGGAGGAGGAUUUUAUGGAACGCCUAAUGUAUAGGUUUGAUAGCAAGAGGUUUUGUAGAGACUGCAGAAAAAACGUAAUUCGUGAGUUCAAGGAGCUGAAAGAAUUAAAACGCACGAGAAGAGAAGCUCGCUGCACAAGUUGGUUCUGUGCGGCUGAUACAAGCUUCCAAUAUGAGGUAACUCGAGAUACAAUCCAGGCUGAUUGGCAUCGAAACUAUGCUGACUCAGCAGGAACUUAUCACCACUACGAAUGGGCUGUGGGAACUGGAGAAGGAAAAUCCGAUAUACGAGAUUUUGAAAACGUUGGUUUAAAAGUACGGGCUCAAGUGAAUGGUCUAGACCUCACAGGUUUAAAUUCCUGCUAUAUCACCCUAAGGGCAUGGAAAAAGGAUGGACGCUGCAAUGAACUUUCAGUCAAAGCUCAUGCGUUGAAGGGUCAACAAUGUGUACAUUGCAGACUACUUGUUGGUGAUGGUUUUGUCACAAUCACUAGAGGAGAAGGCAUUAGAAGGUUCUUCGAGCAUGCAGAAGAGGCUGAAGAAGAAGAGGAUGAUGAUUCAAUGGACAAUGACGGGAAUGAACUUGAUGGAGAGUGCUCUCGUCCUCAAAAACACGCAAAAAGUCCUGAACUUGCUCGGGAGUUUCUUUUAGAUGCCGCUACUGUUAUUUUUAAGGAACAGGUUGAAAAGGCUUUCAGAGAAGGCACUGCACGUCAAAAUGCACAUAGCAUUUUUGUAUCUCUUGCACUAAAAUUGUUGGAAGAACGUGUGCUUGUCGCGUGCAAGGAUAUCAUUACUUUGGAAAAACAGUUUAAACUUCUUGAAGAAGAAGAGAAGGAAAAACGUGAAGAAGAAGAACGGAAGGAGCGAAGAAGGGCGAAAGAAAAAGAAAAGAAACUCCGUAGGAAAGAGAGAUUAAAAAACAAGUCAAAAGAAAGAGAGAAUAGUCAAAGUAAUCAACUUCCUGCUAUUUCCAGCAACGCCCUUGAGGAGGAACUAACAACGAGCAUCGAUGAUGAGUCAAAUGCCAGUGAUACCAUAAAUUCUCUAUGCAAAACAGAAGAAGAUAUUCAUAUUCAAGAUACCGUGUCAUCUAUGCCUGUAUCUGAAGAUUAUAUUCAGGAAGAUCAAAAUAUAACCGAUGAUGUCUCAUAUGCAAGUGAUCACUCAAAACAUCCUCGUAGGAAACCUAAAUUAUUCUGGGACCAAUCGUCAAAAUGGUCUGAUAGAGGGCGGUUCGCGGUGGUCUCUGAAAGUGGGGGUAUGGUAAGCAAAACCGACCCCAGGGUUCAUAAUGAUGGUUUUAGAGUAAACCGGCCCCUAAGAAGCAAUAACCUCCGGGCUAAUGUAAGGUCUAACGGGUCAAGGUACAGUGAGAGAUUGUAUUGUUCUCAUAACAGGUCAAAUGACAGAUAUGACCCUCAGGCUUGCAGUUGUUACCAACAAAACGACUAUACGGAUGUCUCGAAGCCAUAUCAUCGUGGAAACAAGUACAACAAUCAAACAGAGCAUGUUAAAAAUGUUAAAACUCACGUGUCGAGUGCAAAGAAAACAUGGGAACCUAUGGAAACACAAAAGAGAUACGCUCCGAAAAGCAUUUUGGAUUCACCAGUGAAAUUCAAACCUAUUGACCAGUCAAACGGGACGAAUUCAGUGGCAACAAAUCACGAGCACAAUGAUUUAAAGGAAUCAAAUAACAAAAUAGAUAUCGAAGCCGAUACAAUAGGUGGGACUACAGAUCUAUGCACGAGUAGUAAUUCCAAUUCCGAUAGUUCAUCAUGUCUCAGUGAAGGAGAUGGAAGUACCUCGUUUUCUUCCAACACCCAAAAUCCCGAAUCGUCAUCCACAUCAGAUUCGGAAGAUGCUAGUCAGCAUUCUGAGUUAGUUAAAGAAACACCGUUUCCUGAAAAACGGGAUACAAAGGAAGAUGAGAAAGACGAGAUGCCAACAAAAGUGUCUUCGUGCGAAUUACCGUCACAAACUGCACAAUUCAAUGAAAAUAAAGUGAAAAACGAUGUUACAGAGAAUAUCAUUCCACCUCCGUUGCAUGCUCCAGGCAUCCAUUUCCCCAUGUUUCAAGCUCCGUCUAUGGGUUAUUACCAUCAAGGUCCGGUUCCUUGGGUUGCGGGCCUUGCAGCCAACGGGUUAAUGCCGCUGCAUCAUCCGAACCCCUAUUUGUUCCCAAGCCCGUUUGGGUAUGGUUUGAAUGGGAGUUCACAUUUCCUUCAGUAUGGUGUAGGUAACCUUCAACCGCUGGGUCCACCAUUGGUUAACCACGGUCAACCACCAAUGUACCAACCGGUUCCACAAGUCAAUGGUAUCAACAUGAAGGUUCAUGACCAUGCCAACGUUCUGGGUCUACAAAAAGUUGAGAAAAAUGACGAAAAGCUAAGAGAUGAGAAUGUUGUUGACAAAACCCGAAAGGACAAGGAUAAUACGGGGUUUUCCCUUUUCCAUUUUGGCGGGCCUGUAGCUCUUGCUAACGGGUCAGUUGAGAUUGACGGGAGUCUUCCUCCAAAGGCGUUAGGAGACACCAUUGAAGGCGGUGGUCGUGCUUGUGCAAAAGAUGCUGUUGAAGUGGAAGAAUAUAACUUAUUUGCAGCAAGCAAUGGGAUACGAUUUUCGUUCUAAUAUCAUGUCGGAAAUCGUUGGUUUUUUAUUCGUGAUCGCAAUAAACCUCAAGAAUGUUUGAUGUGCUAGUUUGAUUGGUUGCAUUUUCGUUGGAUUUUUCUCAUGUAAAGAAAGAUAUAUAGAGUUUGAGUUGUUUGAUGGGUGCUUGUAUGAGGUUUGUUCUUUUCAUAUAGCAAUGGAGCAUUUGCUUCAUAUUUUAUUGUGCGUUA